AUGCCCAACAUUGCGCUACCCUCGCGCUCACCCUUGCUAGGUGCAAGGCGGUCCUCGAAGGAACAGUCGCCUUCGCCUCCGACGCGAUCCACCUCGCGCGCGGCGGCGCAGCCUCUGGCCGGUCCGAGCGCCUCGUCGCCGACCCGCCCCGUCGUGUCCGGUGCCCAGCUGUCGGAGCAGUAUGCGCUGCUCGAGAAGCUCGGCACGGGCAGCUUCGGCACCGUGUACAAGGGCAUGCACAAGGAGACCAAGCAGAUUGUCGCCAUCAAGCAGAUUGACCUCGAGGACUCCGACGACGACAUCAGCGAGAUCCAGCAGGAGAUCGCCCACCUCGCUCAGUGCGACAGCGAGUGGGUGACGCGCUACUACGGCAGCUUUGUCAAGGGCUACAAGCUCUGGAUCAUCAUGGAGUAUCUGGCGGGCGGCUCGUGCCUCGACCUCUUAAAGGCGGGGCCCUUUUCCGAGGCCCACAUCGCCAUCGUCUGCCGCGAGCUAUUGCUCGGGCUCGAGUACCUGCACAACGAGGGCAAGAUCCACCGCGACAUCAAGGCGGCCAACGUGCUGCUGUCGGCGAGCGGCAAGGUCAAGCUGGCCGACUUUGGCGUGGCGGCGCAGCUCAGCAACAACAAGUCGAGGAGGAACACGUUUGUCGGCACGCCCUUCUGGAUGGCGCCCGAGGUGAUCCGGCAGGCGGGCUACGACUUCAAGGCCGACAUCUGGUCGCUCGGCAUCUCGGCCAUCGAGAUGGCCAAGGGAGAGCCGCCGCUGGCCGAGUACCACCCGAUGCGCGUCCUCUUCCUCAUCCCCAAGGCCAAGAGCCCCACGCUCGAGGGCAACUUUUCGGCCGCGUUCAAGGACUUUGUCGACCUCUGCCUGAUCAAGGACCCCAAGCACCGCCCCACGACCAAGGAGCUGCUCCAGCACCGCUUCAUCAAGUACGCCAAGAAGACGUCGAUGCUGACCGAGCUCAUCGAGCGGCACCAGGAGUGGAAGGCGCGCGGCGCCACCCGGGGCGGCGCCAUUGUGCGCGACCAGAUGCACGCUGCCGAGCUCUCGGAGUCGACCAUGGGCGGCACCAUGAUGAGCGAGUGGCAAUUCGACACGAUGCGCUCGCGGGCGUCGAUGUAUGACGAGCCCGAGGAGGACGAGGACGGCGAUCGCGAGUCGAUCGACGUGUGGGCGCGGCAAGGGCGCGGCCCGCCAGAGGACGGCGAGGAUCGGGCCGGCUACGCCACGGUCCGCGGCACCCGACCCGCAGAGGACCUGAUGCACGCGAUGGAGUCGACGCUCAAGGGGCUGCCGGGCAAGGGCAUCAGCUCCCGCAGAUCCUCGGCCGAGGACAGCAACGACGACGUGUCGGACAUCUACAACGGCGCCGACGACAGCGGUGACAACCUGAGCGGCGCCUCGAGCACGCCAGCGACAUCGACGGCGUCCGGGCCGAGCACGCCCGCCGACCAGCUGCAGACAAAGCAGAACCUCGACGGGCGCGGCUCGAUCCACGUCGAUGCCCUCCGCCAGUCGUUCCGGGGCAUGCAGCCGGGCGGGUUCGGCGGCGACAGCCUGCUCUCGCCACCGAUGCCGCACGCCGACUCGGGGAUCGAGAUCGAGACAGCAGCGGCCACCAUGGCCUCGUCGGCGGGAGGCACGCGGGCGCUCGAGAGCAUGCGGGCGGCGGGCAAGGUGACGCCAUCGAGCAGCCGGCGGAACCUGCACGACGCGUCGACGCCGCGGUCGAGGCGCAGCAGCUGGAACGAGCGGCACGACAUCAACGGCACCAUCCUCAAGGAGGGCGACGUCGCCAGCGGCCUCGAUACGCUCCGCCCCGUCCGGCGGCUCGACGCCAACGGCUCGGCCAAGCUGAGCAACGAGUACAUUGGCAGCUGGCGGAACGGCACGCCUCCGACGAACCCGGCAGACCAGGCCUCGGACUCGCCGAGACGCAGCCGGCACGGCUCCGGGUCGGGGUCUGGGUCUGGAUCUGUGCCUGGGUCCGGGCCAGGGUCGAUCCCGGAGGAGGACUCGGCGGGGGCGUCGCUGGUGCACAACGUCAUCCUGCCCGUGCUCGACCGCGCGCGGCGGGACGACAUGGACGCGCGCGAGAUUGAGGCGCUCGCCAUGAUCUCCAAGGGCUUCGAGGAUCUGAGCCUGCUCAACUCGAGGCUGGCCUACUCGACGAUUGUCGACCUGCUGCUCAGCAUCAACAACGACCAGCGCGCCCGAGAGAACCUGACGUCGACGUUCCGGCAGCGCCUCUCUGGGCCCUCGGCCGCCUCUCCGAUCGGCAAGGCGCAGCAGCAGCAAGCCGAGGAGGAGGUGCAACGCUCGCCCAUUGCCGACCUCCUCUACGGCCGGUGGAUGGAGGGCCUCCGCUCGCGCUGGUACGGCUGA